ACGAAACUCAUCCCCCCUAAAACUAUAAUCUCCCAUCCUUAAACCCUAGACACGCGCCUACUCUGCUCCUCUCAAACACCAAGCCACAAUGGCGGACGUUGUUCAAUACCGUCUCGAGCGCAUGGUAGACGAGCUCGAUGACCUCGAGCGUCGCGGUAUAUUCACUUGUCGUGAGAUCGCCGAGAUAGUCAAGCAACGUCGCAAGUUCGAAUACCGACUCAAGCGCCCUUCUCCUCUCAAGCAAGAUUUCAUUGCCUAUAUCGACUACGAGACUCAGCUAGAUUCCCUUCGCCGGCUCCGUAAGAAAGCUGCGACUCGUGAACUCGUGCGUCAAGGAAAGAAGAUCAAGUCUAGGAAAUCGGUCUCCGAUUUCGCCCCCGUCGCGAGAAUCAUGGAGAUAUAUAGACUUGCUGUGAUGAGAUAUAAAGGAGACGUGGAGCUUUGGUUUCGGUACCUUGAGUUUUGUAGGCAGAGAAAUAAUGGAAGAAUGAAAAAGGUUUUGGCUCAAGUGAUUCGGUUUCAUCCUAAGCUGCCAGGAGUUUGGAUAUAUGCAGCAGCUUGGGAAUUUGAUCAUAAUUUGAAUGUUGCAGCAGCUCGUGCUUUAAUGCAAAGCGGCUUGAGAUUGUGUCCAAAUUCAGAGGACCUUUGGGUAGAGUAUCUUAGGAUGGAGCUUACAUACCUUAACAAGCUAAAAGCUCGAAAGGCUGCUCUUGGGGAGGAUAAAGGAACCUUGGUCCGUGAUAAGAAGGAUGCUGAUGAGAAGCAAUGGAAAGAGGAAAAUAAAGAUUUGUUUAUGUCCCUUGAUGAUGAAGAAAAAGAAAAUAUUGAUCAUGGGUCAGAUGAAGAGUCUGGGAAGGAAUCAAAUUUGUUUUUGGAACAUGCUUCGGGUAUUCUUAAAACGAUAUAUAGUGGGGCAAUUCAAGCAGUCCCUUCUAGUUUUAGCCUCAGGAAGCAACUUCUUGAGAUAUUGGAAGCAAUAGAAGUGGCAGAUUCGGAGGAGCUUCGUGGUGAGAUUCUGAGUGAUAUGAAAAGAGACUUUUCAGCUGACCCUGAAUAUUGGGAUUGGCUUGCAAGACUCGAAAUGUCUGAUGCCUCAAGUACUGGUGAGAAGAAUGAUGAUGCCAUGCUCUCUAAGUUGCAAAAGGCAGCUCAGGUGUAUGAAGAGGCAAUAAAAUCCGUUCCUUCAGCUACGAUGUUCAAAUUUUAUAUAAAAUUUUUGUCCGAUGUCAUUGCUCCUAAGAGUGGGGAAGCAGAAGUGAUUUCCUUAACCAAUCAUACCUCAAGUUAUAUUACAGACAUCAUGAAGGUUUAUGAGAAGGCUGAAAAAAUGGGAUGUCUUACGGAAGAACUUGCCUGCCAAUAUAUUUCAUUUUACACACAACUUGGGAGACUGGAAGAAGCCAAGAAAUUAGCAGAGAAGCUCUGCUGUGGAAAACUUUCAGAUUCAUUACAAUUAUGGGUUUUGAGGGUUUCCAUAGAAAUUAGAUGUAUCACAAGGAAUUCUCUCUCUCCUUGCAAGGCUGAUGCAUUGUACAUCUUUGAGCUUUUUAGAACUGUUCUAACAAAAAUGUCAAUGUCAGAAGCUGAGAGCUUGUGGAUAAUGGCUCUCAAGUUCUUUGGAAUUCAAAAGAAAUAUUUUGAGAAGCUGAUUGAGCUUUCUCUCAGAGCGGUUGCUAAAUAUGGUGGCAGUGAGAAUGGAUUUUCUCUAUCUUCAGCUGUAGUUAAUUUCAUCCUUCAAAAAGAUGGACUUAAACAUGCAAGAGAGGUGUAUAAGAGAUUCCUGGCUCUACCUCAUCCAGGUCUUGCAUUAUACAAAAAUUGCAUUGAAUUAGAGUCAAAUCUCGCCUCUCUUGGCAAUGAGGAUUCUCUAGAAAAUGCCCGAAAGUUGUAUGAAGCUGCACUCAAAACUUAUGACCAAGACACUAGCUUAUGGAAGGAUUACCAUUCCCUUGAAACUAAGUUGGGGACAUCAGAAACUGCUGCUGCUAUUUAUUGGCGCGCUCGUAAAUCAUUAAAAGAGUCUGCUGUAGUUUUUUAAUUCCCCUGAUCAGCUACAAUUUCUUCAGUUUUGAUGUCCGAUAUCUCUAUUUAUUUUAAAGUUUUGAUGUUUAAAAGAGAAAACAGAGGAAACCCUGCUGUAAGCAUAAGUUCCAAUAGGAAAUUGAGUAAAUUUUGAAUCA